AUGGCGAGCCUCAAAAGAUCGCUCGACUCGGACCCGUUAGCGGCCAACAUCUCGAGCAAGGUGUACGUGAGGUCGACAAAAAGCGGCAAGGUCCAGAAGAUUGUGCGUGAGGUUUACCUCCGCCAAGACAUCCCAUGCUCGUCCAAACUCUGCAGGCGCUGCCUCAAUACCUCGCCUAGAGAUGCCGCCGGCCAGCCACGCCCCUUUGUCCUCUCCGAGGCGCCCGCUGGCACCAGCGUGUUCCAGCAAGGCCACUAUCUAGUCCCGGACACAAACGCCUUCUUAACUGCCAUGGACCUGUUCGAGCAAGACUCGGCCUUUUACGACGUCAUUGUCCUCCAGAUCGUUCUCGAGGAACUCCGCAAUCGCUCGCUGCCGCUCUACAAUCGCCUCAUCAGCCUGACCAAGAGCGAAGAGAAGCGCUUCUAUGUCUUCUUCAACGAGUUCCGGCUGGAGACGCACGUCACGCGCCAGGACGGCGAAUCCGUCAAUGACCGCAACGACCGCGCCGUGCGGAAGGCCGUGGCUUGGUAUGGUGAGCAUUUGGCCGGGACGGGGGCGCCCAAGGUGCCUGCUGUGGUGAUGCUUACCAACGAUCGGGAUAAUCUUCGCAAGGCGAAGGCGGAGAAGAUCCCUGCGUGUUCGCUGGCGCAGUAUGUUAACCAGCUUAAGGACGCCGAAGCGCUAUUGGAUAUGAUUCCGGAUACCGAGGACCAGGAGACGAUUAUUAAGGAUAAGCGCCCUGGUGACCCGUUGUACCCGGAGUACUUUACCAUCUCGAAGUUGAUGACGGGUGUGAAGAACGGGCUGCUUCACCAGGGGAUAUUUAACGUUUCCCUGUAUAACUAUCUGGAAGGCUCGAUCAGGGUACCGGCGUUCCCGAAGCCACUGAUUAUCUUGGGCAGGGAAAACAUCAACCGCUCCAUUGAUGGUGAUCUCGUGGUUGUCGAAGUGCUGCCUAAGGACCAGUGGAAGGAACCGUCGACGCAGGUGAUUGAAGAGGAUGCGGUAACGAAGAAUGAGAACCCAGACGCCGAGGAGACGGGGGAUAUCGUCUCGGAGAAGGAGCGCAAGACUCUACAAGAGGAAGUGAAGCGGACCCAGAACAAGACGACGGAGGGGCAUGCCCAACCUACGGCAAAGGUGGUGGGUGUGGUGAAGCGGAAUUGGCGUCAAUAUGUCGGUCACAUCGACCAGUCGUCCGUUAGCCAGUCGUCCCAACAAGGCCGGAAACAAGACACGGUCUUUGUCAUUCCUAUGGACAAGAAGAUCCCCAAGAUCCGUCUGCGCACCCGGCAAGUGGCUGAGCUCGUGGGGAAGCGGAUCCUCAUCACCAUCGACACAUGGGACCGCAGCUCCCGGCACCCGACGGGCCACUUUGUUCGGUCCUUGGGCGAGCUGGAAACUAAGGCUGCCGAGACUGAGGCGUUGCUAUUGGAGUACGACGUCCAGUACCGUCCGUUCCCCAAGACGGUUCUUGAUUGUCUCCCGAAAGAGGGCCACGACUGGAAGGUGCCGGGGAGUGUCGAUGACCCGGGCUGGCGUGACAGAGAAGACCUCCGGGGGUUGUUGAUCUGCAGUAUCGACCCGAUCGGGUGCCAGGAUAUCGACGAUGCCCUCCAUUCCCGCCCCCUACCAAACGGGAACAUCGAAGUCGGCGUGCACAUCGCGGACGUGUCGCAUUUCGUCAAGCCCAACAACGCGAUGGACACCGAGGCCAGCAUCCGCGGCACGACGGUGUACAUGGUCGACAAGCGCAUCGACAUGCUCCCGAUGCUACUGGGCACGGAUCUAUGCUCGCUGAAACCCUACGUCGAGCGCUACGCCUUCUCGGUGCUCUGGGAGUUGUCCCCGGAGGCCGACAUCGUCAACGUGCGGUUCACCAAGUCUGUCAUCAAGUCCCGCGAGGCGUUCAGCUACGAAGAAGCCCAGCUCCGAGUCGACGACCACUCGCAGCAGGACGAACUCACCACCAGCAUCCGCACCCUCCUCGCGCUGUCCCGCAAACUAAAACAAAAACGCCUCGACGCCGGCGCCCUCAGCCUCUCCUCCCCCGAAGUCAAAGUCCAAAUGGAAUCCGAAACCUCGGACCCAAUCGACGUCAAAACCAAAGAACUCCUCGACACCAUGUCCCUAGUCGAAGAAUUCAUGCUCCUCGCCAACGUCAGCGUAGCCCGCAAAAUCUACGACGCCUUCCCACAAACCGCCAUCCUCCGCCGCCACGGCGCACCCCCCAAAACCAACUUCGACGAGCUCGCCAACCAACUCCGCGUCAAACGCAACCUCGACCUCAGUGUCGAAUCCUCCCGGGCCUUAGCCGACAGCCUCGACGCCUGUGUCGACCCCUCCGAACCCUUUUUCAACACCCUCGUCCGCAUCAUGGCCACCCGCUGCAUGAUGGCCGCCGAAUACUUCUGCGCCGGCACCCAGGCCUACCCGGAAUUCCGCCACUACGGCCUCGCUUCCGAAAUCUACACCCAUUUCACCUCCCCGAUCCGCCGGUACGCCGACCUGAUGGCCCACCGGCAACUAGCCGCCGCCAUCGGGUACGAAGGCCUCCACCCGGCCGUCCGCAGCCGUGGUCGGCUCGAGGCCGUGUGCAAGAACAUCAACGUGCGGCACCGCAACGCGCAGCUGGCCGGGCGGGCGAGUAUUGCGUACUACGUCGGCCAGGCGCUGAAGGGACGCAGCGAGGCGGCGGUGGAAGACGGGUUUGUGCUCAAGAUAUUUAGUAACGGGUUUGUGGUGCUGGUGCCGCGGUUCGGGAUUGAAGGGUUGAUUAGGCUGAGGGAUCUGGCGGAGCCGGAACCGGCGGCGGAGUUUGAUGCGGAGACGUAUACGUUGAAGACGCGUGGGAGUCGGGAGGUGACGGUGGAGUUGUUUGGGAAGGUGAGGGUUAAUGUUAUGGAUCAGAAGGAUGAGGUGACGGGGAAGAGGGGGGUUAAGAUGGAGCUUGUUAGUGUGUACUGA